UAUUGUAACCCCCUAAACGAUUGGGGAGCCUCUGCCAUUACUCUAUUAGCAUCAUCAUCAUUUAUCAGUGGUUGACAACGUAAGACAGGAGCUUUGCAACGCUUCAACAAACAUGGAAACAGCUUCAGACUACGGAGCAUUCAUGGAUAAAUUCAUUUUACCACCAAGUUCUUCACCUGGUCUUCCUUUGAAUUCACUUACCUUUGCAAUCAAAGACAUAUUCGACGUGGAAGGGUAUGUGACUGGCUUCGGGAGUCCUGAUUGGGCAAGGACUCAUCCGGUGGCUACGUCUACUGCUCCAACAGUUUUGGCUCUCCUCAGAGCAGGUGCCACUUCUGUUGGUAAAACUGUCUUGGACGAAAUGGCUUACAGUAUAAACGGAGAGAACAAACAUUAUGGGACACCUAGAAAUCCCUGUGCGGCAGAUCGGGUUCCUGGAGGAUCUUCUAGUGGCUCUGCUGUUGCAGUUGCUGCAAAGCUUGUGGAUUUCUCAUUAGGAACUGAUACCGGAGGAAGUGUAAGAGUGCCGGCAGCAUACUGUGGGAUUUUUGGUUUUCGUCCAUCUCAUGGUGCUAUCUCAACAUCAGGAGUUAUUCCUUUGGCACAAAGUUUUGAUACUGUGGGAUGGUUUGCUAGGGAUCCAAUGAUUUUGGGUAGAGUUGGACGUGUACUUCUACAAUUGCCAGACGUAGCACCUGUUAGACCUACUUGCAUUAUCAUUGCAGAAGACUGUUUCCAGCUUUCAAGUAUUCCAUACGAUCAACUUACAGGAGCUGUCAUCAAAGCAAUAGACAAGUUAUAUGGAGGUGAUGUAUUAAAGCAUAAAAUCCUUGGUGACUAUGUGAAGGCCAAUGUUCCAAGUUUGAAGCAUUUCAUGAGUAAAGAGAAUACUGACCAAGUAUAUAACAUUGCAUCACUGGCUGCACUUGAAAGUGCUUUGCGAAAGCUUCAGAGGUAUGAAUUCAAGAAUAACCAUGGUGAAUGGGUUAGUGCUGUCAAACCUGAUUUAGAUCCUGGAAUUUCAGAACGUGUAUCAGAAGCCCUAAGGUCAACAGGGGAGAACAUUGAUAUGUCUCAUUCUGUAAAAGGGGAACUGCGUGAUGCUCUUACUGCUCUUCUUGGGGAUUUUGGUGUUCUCAUGAUCCCCACGCUUCCAGGGCCUCCACCAAAACUGCAAACAAAUGCAUCUGAAUUAGAAAUUUUUCGUGCAAGGGCUUUUAGCCUGCUGUCCAUUGUUGGAGUAUCUGGAUUUUGCCAGGUAAACAUACCACUGGGGAUGUAUAAUAAUCUUCCUAUAUCAAUUUCUCUGGUGGCCAGACAUGGUGCAGAUGGAUUCUUGCUUCACCUUGUUGAGGUUCUUUAUGACAGGAUUAAAGGAGAGGAAUCAGCUUAGUCAGCAUAAGUUACUUUAAUCUGACUGCAAGGAUGUCACUGUGUUAUAAGUAUGCAUACUGUGUCAAAGCUGGGAGAGAAGCACAACCUGAACUACUGGCAAAAAUAAAAGGAGGGUAAAUAGUGUCAAGGAAAUCCUUGCUUCUCUGACGCAUCCUCUUCACUUCAAACAUGAUAAAGAGUACAAUAAGUCAUUAAGUCAUACUAUAGAUAUUAUGCUUGCUUGGUUAUGAAAGCAUAAAAGCCACACUGAAAUAAAUGAAACUUACUUUAAUACCAUAUCAUGAUAUCAGUUGGUUCCAUGAAGAAUUAGAUAUUAAAUUGUGUCGGUUACUCACAGAGGGAUAUGUGGAAAAGCACCAUCCAGUUAUCACUCCAACCACCAUCUUUUCUUUUUGUAUAGCAGGGCAUACACUCCGCUAGACCGCUACGACUUGCAUUAUUUUCUUUUUGUCAAAGUGGGCUUUUGCUUUUUUAAAUAAAAAAAUAAACUUAACUCAUGUAAUUUAUGUUUUUAUCAG